AUGUCUGUUAGAGUGAUGCCAUACACCCUCAGCCGUAUCGAUUGGAGCAACCCGCGAAACGAUCCCAUUUUCCGCCAAUUCAUACCCACGAAGUCCAUAAUGCAGCCAGAUCACCCAAAGUUGACGCUUGAUUCGUUGGAAGAGGAAGCCGACUCCCCCGUCAAUGGCUUGGUUCACCGGUAUCCCGACAAGGCCCUGUUCCUCCAGAGUGUGGCAAAAGCCUCCCUCAAGCCUGGGCGUGCACGAUGGGAGGCCGUCUUCCAACACAUCGAGCGCACGCCAGAGAUCCAAGAUAUCGUCGUCUCCGGGGGAGAUUCGUAUCAACUCAUGCCUGAACAUAUUGAGAUGAUUGGUAAUCGUCUUAUCUCAAUAGACCAUGUCCGUCGGUUCAGAUUCGCUUCUAAGGGUCUUGCUGUUUGUCCGACGCGCAUUCUGGACAGAAAUGACCCAUGGACCGAUGCCGUAAUCUCGAUCUCGGACAAAGCUCGUAGAGUCGGCAAAGCUGUGGCCCUUCACACCCACAUCAACCACCCCAGCGAGAUUUCCUGGAUCACCGAGAGGGCCAGCCAGAGGCUUUUCGAGGCAGGGGUGAUGGUGCGAAACCAGUCGGUCCUACUUCGUGGAAUCAACGACGACGUUGCCACCAUGUCCAGUCUGAUCAGAAGACUCGCGGACAAUAACAUAUUCCCGUACUACGUCUACCAGCACGACAUGGUGAGGAAGUCGGAGCACCUGCGUACGCCGCUGCAGACGAUUCUGGAUCUGGAAGCCAGUAUCAGGGGUUCGAUUGCGGGCUUCAUGAUGCCGCAGUUCGUGGUCGACCUUCCUGGGGGAGGUGGCAAGCGGUUGGCAAGCACAUUCAAAUCGUACGAUCGUAGGACAGGUGUGUCGACGUAUGUGGCACCCGCGGUGACGGGCCGUGACAAGCAAAACAAGGUGUAUGAGUACCACGACCCCGUCGACUCAGUUCAACCGUGA